AUGUCGACGAAGAUGCCGCUCGUUGCGCCAGUGUACCUGCCUGGGCAGGAGCCGCUUGUGCCGGGCAUGACAGAGGAUGACCGUCACCAGAUGCGCGAGAUGCUCAAGUACCAGGGGUAUACGACGAUGGCGAUGGAAUCGUGCGCCUUCAAGUCGGUCAUGUCCGGCGUGCUGGGCUUUGGUCUAGGUGCCUUUUUCAGCCUUAUGAGCGCCUCAUUUGCUCUGGACGACCCCGUGCGUCAGACGAUGGCCGACCAGAUUGCGAUGGAGCGUGCGAAGCGCCUUGAAGAGGCUGCAAAGAAGGAAGGCAAGGCGGUUCCCGGCGCCAAGCCUGCUGUCACGCCCUCGCCCGCGACCGCGCCCGCGCAUGCUACCGCGCAGGCCAGCACGCCUGCUGCGUCGAUCAAGCCCGCGCCCACGGUUGCCACGGCCGGUGCGCCCGCUGCCGGCAGCGCUGCGCCCCAGUCGGGCAUCCUGUCCAAGCUUCCUGGCAGUGGUAUGUUUAAGGACGUGAAGCCGCCGCCGCCGCAGCUCCCUGAAGUGAACACGAUGCAGAGCACGAAGCAGUUCUUCGUGCAGACCGGUAAGAGCAUGUACUCGAGCGGCCGCGGAUUCGGUAAGGUCGGUGCGCUCUACUCUGGCAUUGAGUGCCUGAUCGAGGGCUUCCGGGCGAAGAACGACAUUGUGAACCCCGUUGUCGCUGGUCUCUUUGCCGGUGGCAUUCUUGCACGCAACUCGGGCCCCCAGGCGGUGGUCGGCGGCGCGGUGGCGUUUGCCGCCUUUAGUGGCGCGAUCGAUCUCUUCCUCCGUCGCGAAGCGGCCGAUGACCCGUAG